AUGACUUCCGUGUCAGGAUACGAAUGCAACAUCUCCAUGCUUCGACGGACAACGGCCAUCCCUCUUGCUCUCACCGGCCAGAGUCACACUACGGCGGUCGGCUACCUCCCCUCCCGCGACACCCCCAUGCUGCGCUCACCCGCUCUGUCUAAACCCCGCGCGAGCCUACCGGUCGGCACAACGAACGCAGCAAACCGAACUACAGUACUAGCAUCACGACCCCGCUCGGCGAACCCGUCCUCAACCCACGCGCAGUCGCGUCUGCCGACGCCUUCCAUUACACAACCCACCCAGAGCUCUGCAUUGCGCACAACGCGUCGGCGGUCUUCAACGCUUAACGACGAAAGGACCGCUCGCUCAAAACCGCUCACGACCAGUACCUCGCAUAGAAAGGCGCAUGAAGCUGUAACAGCCGAUGAGUCUAUCAAUGCCCUACACAAUCGCCGCGGACUAGUCCGCGCAUCCGACACACCCACAUUAUCCCGCAACCGCUCCCGGACAAGUCCUCCUCGUUCCGUUUAUACGCCCACCGAGUCGUACCCAACACCUCCUUCGUCUAUCGGCGCGUCAGUCACGAGACGCACAACAUACCGAGCGGCCAGAACACCGACACUCGCGGUCCGCGCGGUGCCCACCGCUCUAGCUCCACAGCCGCGAUCGAGAGCUUCGGCGCCUUCCACGACGAUGCCAUUGAAGUUCAGGCGGAGAAAGCAAACCGCUGCCACCAGUGCUGUAAGAUGGAUGCCUCGGAGUCCUAGUCCUGGUGUCCUGCUGUUGAUGGAGCAAGUGACCGGUUUCCAAGAGGAGUGGGCGCGUCUAUUCAGCGAUCCUGUCUUUGAACGAGCGUGGAGCACCUUUCUUGAUACGCACUUGGAAGCGCGGGAGAAGUACGUCUCGCAAGAUGAGUACCGUACCAGCACAGCGCAUCUUCGGCCGACACCGUCGAGGAGGUUAUCUGUGCCGACAGCGAAGGCUUUGUCGCUUAGACCGACGCUGGGGGUGGAACCGGAUGAAGACAAGAUACUCAGGCGCAAGUCACCUGUGGUGGACAUCUUUUCGAUGUUGUCGAGGGAUGCAAGGCCCGUUGGGAGGGCUGCCAGGUUGAGCAGUCCGCCGAAGACGCCGCUACCUGACAUCCCGACGCAUGGUGUCAGGUUCUCUCAGGAUUCGAUCAUCUCGAGCACGAGCAAUGUCAGGUCUUCAAUCGCCACAAGUAUCAGUUCAAGACCGAACUCUGCUAGAGCGUCGUAUGCGGAGUCUACUACGCCCUCCAUCAGCAACACGGCUCCAGGGUACCCUGCGCCUGCACCACGGCAAUACCUUUCUAGCCCAUCGAUGACCAGUACUUCUCAAGAAGCCAUCGCAAGCAGCGACUCCAGCUCAUCGCUUCACACCGUUGCGUCAACAUUCACGGAGAUAUCAUCCUCACCUCCUGUGAACAAGUCUCUCAAGCGGAACGGCAUGGUGCCUCGUUACACAGCGACGCAGCUCCCCACGCCUCCAGAUGAACUAUCUCCGAAUCCGCUGGGACUCAUCGGUGUACCGCACGGUUACUUCGUGGGUGCACCCGUGGAGGAUACGGCUUACUCGACGAAUCAAGCGUUCACGCUGACGGGUUCGCCGCUCGUUCUAUCGCCCGGUCCUAUCGAGUCGCCAGCGGAGAAGACACCCAUCGGAGGCAAUGCUCGUGGUACCUCUGCGACUUCCGGCUCUCGGUCCCGCCAAGUCACCGCGUCGCUUGUGAAUCCCUACGAGAAUCGACCGUCUGAAUACCGCGGAAUGGCGGCGAGAUCCAACUAA